AUGGGACGCGAAACAGAUGACAACCCCCCACCACGCAGGAAAGCCUUCAUCGCCUACACCUUCUCCUGCUCCACCCUUAUCUUCGCCCUGUGCUGCAUCCACACCUGUGGUUCACUCAUCACAGAUACCCUCUUUAAGGCCAUCAAGAAAAAGAUAGACUACAGCGAUGUUGACUACAUACCAAAAAUCAGCUCAGAGGAAUCUGAUACAUCCAACAUCUCCCAAAGAGGCAGCUACUCUGCUCUAGCCAAGGUCACACUGUCCCAGGUCAUCCUGUUCAACCGAAGGAGAGAAGGUGAGGUAUCCCGUGUGCUUUUGUCAGCUUUUAAAAGCAGGGAUUCUUCUGAGCUACAUGAAGAUAUUGCCAUCUGUCUGUCUGAGUUUGAGAGGAAGCUGUGUCUGCACUUCACAAGAGUUGAGAUCCGGGGUAAACGAGGCAGAAAGGUUCCUGUGCUCCUCAAGCCUUCCAUGGUUUCUGCCAUGGAGCUGCUCGUUGAAACGCGGGAGCUUUGUGGUGUUCCAGCAGAGAAUCCCUUUAUGUUUGCCAGAUGUGGAGCAAUGUCAGCCUACAGAGGUGGAGAGUGCAUCAACAAAGCUGCUUGCGAAUGUGGCAUAAAGAACCCUGAAGCACUGUCAUCAACUAGGCUCAGGAAACACAUAGCAACCAUGUCUAAAAUUCUUAACCUUGAUGAGAAUGAAGCAGACCAACUGGCUGAUUUCCUUGGUCACGAUAUCAGAAUCCACAGACAGUAUUACCGGUUACCAGAGGGAACACUGCAGCUGGCAAAAAUGAGUAAAGUCCUAAUGGCCAUGGAGAAAGGAACACUGUCUGACUACAAAGGAAAGAAACUUGAUGACAUUGAAAUCGACCCAAAUGGUAUGAUUGAGGCCCAAGGUGAUUCCAUGUCAAGUGAUGAGGAGGACUACAGUGACCUAUCUCAGACAACAGCACCAGCAGAGACUGAUCAACCUGUUCAAUCUGAUCAAUCUGUUUCACAGGAGGAUCAAGCGGACUCUGAUGUCAUACGGCAGUCACACGGCUUCGCUGUCUGA